AUGGGGAACAAGGCAAGGGGACCUAGGCAAGGGGAACAAGGCAAGGGGAACAAGGCAAGGGGAACAAGGCAAGGGGAACAAGGCAAGGGGAACAAGGCAAGGGGAACAAGGCAAGGGGAACAAGGCAAGGAGAACAAGGCAAGGGGAACAAGGCAAGGGGAACAAGGCAAGGGGAACAAUGCAAGGGGAACAAGGCAAGAGGAACAAAGUAAGGGGAACAAGGCAAGAGGAACAAGGCAAGGAGAACAAGGCAAGGGGAACAAGGCAAGGGGAACAAGGCAAGGGGAACAAGGCAAGGGGAACAAGGCAAGGGCAGCAAGGCAAGGGGAACAAGGCAAGGGGAACAAGGCAAGAGGAACACGGCAAGGGGAACAAGGCAAGGGGAACAAGGCAAGGGGAACAAGGCAAGGGGAACAAGGCAAGGGGAACAAGGCAAAUGGAACAAGGCAAGGGGAUCAAGGCAAGGGGGACAAGGCAAGGGGGACAAGGCAAGAGGAACAAGAUAAGGGGAACAAGGCAAGAGGAACAAGGCAAGGAGAACAAGGCAAGGGGAACAAGGCAAGGGGAACAAGGCAAGGGGAACAAGGCAAGGGGAACAAGGCAACGGGAACAAGGCAACGGGAACAAGGCAAGGGGAACAAGGCAAGGGGAACGAGGCAAGGGGAACGAGGUAAGGGGAACAAGGCUAGGGGAACAAGGCAAGGGGAACAAGGCAAGGGCAACAAGGCAAGGGGAACAAGGCAAGGGGAACAAGGCAAGGGGGACAAGGCAAGGGGACCUAGGCAAGGGGAACAAGGCAAGGGGAACAAGGCAAGGGGGACAAAGCAAAGGGGGACAAGGCAAGGGGAACAAGGCAAGGGGGACAAGGCACGGGGAACAAGGCAAGGGGACCUAGGCAAGGGGAACAAGGCAAGGGCAACAAGGCAAGGGGAACAAGGCAAGGGGAACAAGGCAAGGGGAACAAGGCAAGGGGAACAAGGCAAGGAGAACAAGGCAAGGGGAACAAGGCAAGGGGAACAAGGCAACGGGAACAAGGCAACGGGAACAAGGCAAGGGGAACAAGGCAAGGGCAACAAGGCAAGGGCAACAAGGCUAGGGGAACAAGGCAAGGGGAACAAGGCAAGGGGAACAAGGCAAAGGGAACAAGGCAAGGAGAACAAGGCAAGGGGAACAAGGCAAGGGGAACAAGGCAAGGGGAGCAAGGCAAGGGGGACAAGGCAAGGGGUAGAAGGCAAGGGGGACAAGGCAAAGGGAAGAAGGCAAGGGGAACAAGGCAAGGGGAAGAAGGCAAGGGGAACAAGGCAAGGGGAACAAGGCAAGAGGAACAAGGCAAGGGGAACAAGGCAAGGGGAACAAGGCAAGGGGAACAAGGCAAGGGGAACAAGGCAAGGGGAACAAGGCAAGGGGAACAAGGCUAGGGGAAGAAGGCAAGGGGAAGAAGGCUAG